AUGUCUUCGCGUGGAAGAGGACAAGGACAAGGACGAUGGAGAGGACGAGGUGGACGCACUCCCCAGAUGAGUCCACCGGCACCUCCACUAGGAGAUGUCAUCGUCACAAUCCACCGCAGUGAAAUCGAAACUCCGGCAGAUCAAGAUGAUACCAAAUCUCGUAUCACGAACAGUCGAUGUCUGACGUCCUACAAUUGGCUUGGUUGGGGACAGAAGAAGAUAAUCAUUCCAGGUGAACCUCCGAAGUGGACACCUUUGUCGAAAGCCAAUCCUCCCAAGCUUCCACAAGACAAGGGUGGAUACUAUCGCGAUCGAAAUGCCGCGCAAUAUCCCACUUACCCUCUAGAGCCAAUGGUACAAGCAAUACUGACAGACAAACCCGACUUCCCGGUGACUAGUGUGGACAUCAUUGCGUGCAAUAAUACAAUGGUCAACCUGCUACGUUUUGCACUUGGGCAAGAUAAGCCCUUCAGAAUGCUUGUUGAAGUACUCGGAAAUACAGUCUUCUUUAUCAGAAGGGAAAACUCGCCCACCGAAAUGAUUCCCGAUGUCCGUGGGUAUGGACAUACGUUCCCAGAAGCUUACACCACGUGGGAUGCAAGCGUGCGUGGAUCCGAGUCUCAUCAAAGGGUGCUUGAGUAUGAGUUUGUCGGCAUGCAGUGCUUGGUACGUUUCGAGGCGGAUGGGUUUUUGCCCGACCUGGUCCCAGAAACCGAGGAACCCAAAGAAGAUCAUGUUUCCCCAAAGGAUGAUAUCGACCCAGAGGAAACUUUGUCGUCCAUGGAAGAAGUUACUAUUGUAUGUGGUCCCUCGACGACUGCAGAAACCGCAUCGAAGCAACUUGAGAUCGCAAGGGAAGGUCGACGUAUCUCACAGUGUGCAAUCUUUGACCUGAAGACCCGAUCUCGCAACAAAAGGAAUCAUAACACCCUUGAGGAAGAACUACCCCGGCUGUGGGUUUCGCAGACUCCCAACUUCAUUCUCGCCCAUCAUAUGUCUGGUCAAUUCAAGGAUAUUCAGGUCCAGGACGUGCGGGAUGAUGUAAAGCAAUGGGAGGAGGCCCAACAGCCGGCUUUGGGCAAGUUUGCUAGCUUACUGCAAAUGAUUGUGUCACUCGCUCGAAGCGCGGAUAACGGGAAACUUGAGGUUGAACGUGAAGAGGGUGAGCAGGUUUUAAAUCUGAGAACACCAGGUGGAGUUGUCAAUGGCGUCUUGUCCCCGGCUGUCGCAAGCAAGUGGGAGGUGUAA